AUGAAGUGUCUACUAUUCAUCAUAUGUUUCGUAAAUAUUCAAUGUGAUAUUACUUAUAUCGAAGUAAAAUAUCCAUUAACGGGCAAACUAGCUCCACCAAACGUAGUAUGGCCACAUCCACAAAAGAUGGAAGUUUCCAACGAUUUAUUAUACAUUCGUCCGAACGAUCUUCAAGUUGACUCGAAUAUUGAAACUUGCGAUAUUGUUGCUAAAGCAAUCGAACGAUACAAACCAUUAUUCUUCCCACCAACACUUGAUAUGCACCAGCCACCAGCCGACGCAGAAAAUAUUCUGCAAACGUUAACAUUGAAUGUUAAAAAUAAAAGUCAAUGUGAGAAGUAUAUUGAACUGACCUCCAGUGAAGCUUAUAAUCUAACCAUUAAACAAAAGGUUGCAGUCGUUGAAGCCGAGUCUGUUUGGGGUUUAUUGCGUGGUUUAGAAACGUUUUCACAGCUGAUCUAUAUCAAUGAACAAAAUUAUGUGGUGAUAAAUAGUUCGGUUAACAUUACUGAUAGUCCUCGAUUUCGUCAUCGUGGUAUAAUGCUUGAUACCGCACGGCACUUCGUCCCUGUUCCAGUGAUCAAAAAGAAUUUGGACACUAUGUCGUAUAACAAAAUAAACGUCUUUCAUUGGCAUUUGGUUGAUGAUCAAUCAUUUCCAUUCGAAAGUAAAACAUUUCCGAAUCUUUCUCGAGCGGGAGCGUUUUCUCCUGAUCAUGUCUAUACGCCUGUUGAUGUUGCUGACGUUAUUGAGCAUGCUCGAUUACGUGGUAUUCGUGUCAUUCCUGAAAUUGACACACCCGGACAUACAUUCUCGUGGAGUAAAUCUAUGCCUGAAUUGAUAACGGUUUGUUGGGCACAUGGUAAACCGUAUCAAGCGAUCUAUUCUAUCCAAGGUGAAAUGGAAAUCUUCAAUCCAAGUGAACCACGAGUGUAUUCAACGAUGGAUGCACUUCUUCGAGAAAUCAAAGAACGAUUUCCUUCGAAUUACAUUCAUCUCGGUAUGGACGAAGUUUAUGACAAAUGUUGGCUGUCCAAUCCGAAUAUUCGUCAAUGGAUGGUCGACAAUAAUAUUUUAAGUACUAAGAGUCUUCAGAAAUAUUAUGCUGACCGAAUUCUUGACAUCACUCGAAAUAUUAGUGUAACACCCAUUGUUUGGCAAGAUGUUUGGGAUGAGAAAGUUGAAUUACCACCAGGUACGAUUAUUCAAGUAUGGAAAGAUUCAAGUGAUAAUAUAGAAUUUGAUUCGUGGGCAUCGUAUCUGAAUCGAGCAGCAAAUGAAGGCUACAAUGUUAUUUUAUCAAGUCCUUGGUAUCUGAAUUAUAUCAGUUAUGGCAAAUACAAUACGGACAGAUCAGUGAUGAAUCUUGAAUUUUUUAAAUACUACGAAGUUGAACCAUUGCGACAAUUUUCAGGGUCAAAUGAGGCUAAAGAACGCAUUCUUGGUGGAGAAGCUUGUCUAUGGGGCGAGUUUGUUGAUGGAACAAAUCUCCUAUCACGAUUUUGGCCUAAAGCAUCUGCAGUAGCUGAACGCUUAUGGAGUCCUGCAACGAUCAAUAAUUCUGAGGAUGCUCAGUUUCGAUUGGAUGUUCAUCGAUGUCGUUUAUUAAGACGAGGAAUACCCGCUCAACCUAUCUUGAAUGGUCAUUGCGGUAAUUACGAAGUUGGCAUGCCGAAAUCACUGAUCAAUCAUCCGAUAUUUAACUACGAAAAUCCAACAUGGGCAUCAACAACGAAAGCAUCAUUACCGGCAAAAGUUCUAGCCAGUCUGUCUUCGUCUUCAACAAAAAUGCUCACAUCGUAUAUUUAUGUAAUCUCCUUCCUGCCCAUUGGAUACUUCUAUCAUUAG